CUUAACCUUUCUCAAAUAAUGUAGGCUAGACUUCAAGCAUUGUCAAAAUAAAACAAAAUGGGCUGGAAGAAAGGAUCUGUUAUCAUACAGGCGAAGCCCUAUGUGCAUGUCAUUUGCAAAAAGUUCACUGAAGAUCGAUGCAAUUUUUGCUUUAAAAGCACAGAGGAGAAGCUUUUAAAAUGUGGAGCAUGUAAAAAAGUGAUGUACUGUGGAGUUCCUUGUCAGAAAGAAGACUGGAAGAUUCACAAACUGGAGUGUAAAGUUAUGAAGAGAGUACCAGACACACCAACAGACAGUAUUCGACUUUAUUUAAGACUUCUAAUUCGUUACCUGACAGGCUCUGCUGGGGAAAAACGCAGUAAAGAUGAAUCUCCUUGCCUACGAUCUUUCAAUGACUUGAUGUCACAUGCGGAUAAAAUAAAAACAGACACAUCACGCUAUGAGCUGUUUAAAAUAGCUGCAGAUUUUUUACGAGGCUAUACACAUGGUAUUCUGCAGCUUCCCAAUGAAGAUACUUUGCUAGAAAUUUUUGGCAAGAUGGUAAUUAACACAUUUACAAUUGCUGAUGAGCUUUUGCAAGAUGUGGGUGUGGCUGUAUAUACAAGUCCCUCAGUGUUGGACCAUUGCUGCUGGCCUAAUGCUGUGGCAUCUUUUGAUGGAAUCAAUGUGACCGUCAGGGCAGUUGCAGACAUUGAAGGUGAUUCCUUCACAAAUGUGUUCCUGAGCUAUGUAGAUCCACUGGCCACUAUAGAGGAGAGGCAGCAGCAACUGCAGCAACAGUAUUAUUUUACCUGUACCUGCGAUCGCUGCUCUAACAAGGAAUCUGAUGCCAUGAUGUUAUCAAUAGAAGGUAGCUCAAAAGAUGAAUUGACAAAAGUAAAGGAUUGCAUUGAGAAAGUUGAGACCAUGAGGAAAGAUUCAGUGAAUCCCAAACAGAUUUUGGAGGUGUGUGAAAAGUGUUUGAAUGAGGUGAAGCUUCCAUUUGGCAAUGUGCAACUGGUAAGACUUACUGGCAAAGCAUUUGAUGCUGCAAUAGAUGCGGAGCAGUGGGAGACAGCUUUGCUGUUUGGUAUAAAAAACUACAAAGCCUAUUCGAUUUUACACCCACCCUACAACCCUUGUGUUGGCUAUUUGCUAGCAAACAUGGGCAAGUUGUUGAUGCUGUUUGGAAGACUCCCAGAAGCCAUGUUACAUUUGAGGAAGGCCAUGGAAAACUUCGUGGUUUCCCUGGGCGACAGCCAUCACCUGUACAAGCAGGUAGCUGAGAUGAUGGCACAGUGUGAGGCAGAGCUGGAGCACCAAGAACAGUUGAAAUCUCUACAGAAUUGAUUAGCACAAGUAUAAAGUGGAUUUUAAUGAGACUUUAUAAAAAAAUUGUCUGCCAACAUAUUGGACAAGAAAAAUAAACACUGAUGACAAGGUUUAAUACACUUGAUGUAAUUGGUUGUUUUAAAUGUACAUUUUGAUUGGCUGUACAUACUUUAUUAUAACUUGCUCAAAUGUGAUUUAUAUUUUAAUGUUUCUUUUGAUUUUGUAUUCAAGAGAAUAUGUGACUUACUUAAUGCAAAAAUUAAAUUGACUGAUUUGGAGCUGCUAUGAACAAUAGUUUUAGGGUUAGAGAUUGUUAAUAAGUGAUAUUAAUAAUUUUUUCUUCAACAAAAAAAUAAUCUAACAGUUAAAACAUUUGAAUUAGUAAGUUACUCUGUGAUGGAUCAUCAUACUUACAAUAUUUAGUUACUGAGUAACUUUUAUACAAAAAAUAUUUAUAGCCAUAACUUCAUUGUUCAUGGUCUAAGUUGAGUGAAAUGUCAAAUUUACUUUUUGGAAAAAAAAAACUUUUUUUAUAUUUUUAUAUUAUAGGCCAAUUGUUGGUAUAUUUAUAAAUUAUGAGAAAAUUCAUUUUUGUAG